CCUCGCUCUCGAUCCCCAGGCCGCCGGCCCUUUGAGCACAGUCGGCGGCUGCUGGGACCCGGCGGGGGGCGCGACAUGCUGCGGCGGCUGGCGUCCAGCUGCGCCCAGGGACUGGGGGCCGGCGGGGGCCCGCAUCCUGCCGCGGGGCCCCGCCACCUCUGCCGCAGCGCCAGCCGCCAGGCCUCUGAUGCUCCCCGGAACCAGCCCCCCAGCUCCGACGUCGUGGCCCGGCCGGUGGGCGUCUGCUCCAUGAUGCGGCUGCCCGUGCAGGCCUCCCCCGAGGGGCUGGACGCCGCCUUUGUCGGGGUGCCGCUGGACAUUGGGACCUCCAACCGGCCCGGGGCGAGAUUUGGACCCCGGCGGAUCAGGGAAGAAUCAGUGAUGCUUCGAGCAGCCAACCCUAGCACGGGGGCCCUCCCCUUCCAGUCCCUCAUGGUUGCAGACCUAGGCGAUGUGAAUGUCAAUCUUUACAACCUUCAGGACAGCUGCCGUCUAAUUCGAGAGGCCUAUGAGAAAAUCGUAGCAGCUGGCUGUAUUCCUCUAACCUUGGGUGGAGAUCACACAAUCACAUACCCUAUAUUGCAAGCGAUGGCCAAAAAGCACGGCCCCAUGGGGCUGCUGCAUGUGGAUGCUCACACAGACACGACCGACAAGGCUCUGGGAGAGAAGGUCUAUCACGGAACGCCCUUCCGCCGGUGCGUGGACGAGGGACUUCUGGACUGCAAGCGUGUGGUGCAGAUCGGCAUCCGGGGCUCUGCCAUGACCCUGGAUCCCUACAGAUACAGCCGGAGCCAGGGCUUCCGGGUGGUCUUGGCUGAGGACUGCUGGAUGAAGUCUCUGGUCCCUCUGAUGGGGGAAGUGAGGCAGCAGAUGGGAGGCAAACCCAUGUACAUCAGCUUUGACAUUGACGGCUUGGAUCCUGCCUAUGCCCCGGGGACAGGAACACCCGAAAUUGCUGGUCUCACCCCGAGUCAGGCGCUGGAGAUCAUCCGUGGUUGUCGAGGCCUGAACGUGGUGGGCUGCGAUCUCGUGGAAGUUUCGCCGCCUUAUGAUCCGUCUGUGAAGAAGAUGAACCUGUUCCCGCACACCUUACAAACAGGAGCUAAUGGUCUCUAACACACACCCCUGGGAGGUGGCUCCUAGCGGCCCGGCCUUCCGGUAGCCAAGGGGAAUCCAGCCGGCAAGAAUAGGAAUCGGGUAAUUGUGAUAGGGUAGCACAGUCCCCUCCUCCUUUGCUGUUUCCCCGAGGAGAAGCCUAAGUAAUAUUUGUUAGUAUUAAAAAAGUGGGCGGUUAGCUGGUUUAGGAGAGAGAUUCAAAGCAGAUGCCGUCUCAAUAAUUUCAAUUCGGAGAAUUUACAGACUGAGGCCUGUUAGCUUCGCAGGGUAGGUGAUAAAUACAUUAUAUACGGUUAUCAUAGGCUUUCCUUGCAGGGGUGGGGGGGUGGAAUCUGUUCGUAAACAAAGAACCUUCUGCAUUUCAGAAUACUAUUUCUGAAGGAGGCCUGCUGGAGCAGAGCACGGGGGGGAGGCGUGCC